GCACUACACCUCGACUCAACAUCGACAGCCCAACGUUUUCCAGUCCCUCCGUUCACCGUAAAAUCCGCCAUUUUGGAUUCAUUGAGUGCAACACGGUGCGCAGAGUCCGAUGACAUUUGCGUGCCAAUGAAAAUAAAAACAGUUUUCCUGGAAUAAUAACAGAUCUGUGAUUCAAAGUUCAUUAGAAAGGAUUAUCAGGGAUUUUCAGACAAUUUCAUCAGUCUGAAUGAUCAACUGAAUCCCUCCCAAAGCCCAGAGGAACGACAAGAUCUGUUGGCUACUGUUUCCUCAAUCGUUAUGGUGUAAUGAGAGAGUAAACAAGUGUCUGUGACGUGUCCUGGAAGUUUUUAUUUCGUAAUUGCGUGUGGGAUGGUAUUUAUUAGAGAUAUUUGAGGGAGAGGACAGUCCUUCAAUUGUGAAAUCAGUGUCAGUGGCUGGAAGAGGUUAGGAUAGAGUUCGGUGGCUGGAGAAGCGUUCGCACCCUUUUUUCAACAUCAAGAACCAUCAACAAUGGGUAUGUGUAAUGACUGCAUGUCCAGGGUGCCCUAUGCCACCGUGAUUGCCACGAUCAUGUGCUGCCUGGGUGUGGGAAUAUUUUGUGGCACCAUGUACAGAGGUGCCACUCUCACAACACUCAUGAUGCAGCAGGUCUUUUAUCUUCGACUGCCCUGGCUAGAAGCCCUGCAGGUGAUUUUCGCAACACUGGGUGCUUGUAUGGCUGCUCUGGGCUUCAUGAUACUCUGUGUGGGCUGUCUCGCCACUGGUGCUACAAGGCACAAAGUCUAUCGGGCCUGGAGGGCUAGGGUUGGAGGUCGAAUCACUUGUGCUGUGUUCAUGACGAUUACUUAUGUCCUGACACUCGGAUGGCUAUUGAUCUUCGCCUUUUUGGUCAUUACCACGUCGAUCUUCACGAUAUUCUGGGGAUUGUGUGGAAAUCCUCGUAUACAGGAUGCUGCCGAUUGUAUAAAUUUUACCCAAUUUGCUUUCAUGUUCCCCAGCAACAUGAGGGACGAAGAUCUGAAGAUCUGCGGCCCCAAGGAAAUAAAGGACUUCUGCAAGGACGGCGUUGAGAAGGCUGAGUCCAUGUUCAUUUUGGCAACAGCGGCCUCCAUGCUAGUGAUUCUCAGUCUCGUCCACUACCUGAUGUGUCUCUCAGCCAAUUACGCUCACAUUCGCGAUCACGAGAAAUUUCAGGAGCUUCAGGAGCUCCAGUAUCUCCAGGAUCCUGGUGAUGGGGAGUCACCCCAGCAUGGGAUGGGCACACUCACCCAUCAUCGCAGCAAAGACAGGUUCUAGGACACAGCCCGCGAGAUCUUCGCACUGACCCCCAUUUGAAGUCUCCCACAUUAAUAUUCAUUUAUUUUAAAUCACUUGGGGGAGGUAAAUGAAUCUCUAUCGCCGUAAAACAUCAAUCGCUCUUCGGGUAAUUCCUUAUCGUUAUAGAUUAGGUGCCUAGAUAUCACUUGCAGGCAAAGAAGAAUUUGAAGUCAAAGAUAUUUUUGAUUCAGCGAAAAAAUGAGAGAAAUAAUUUUUCUGCAUUUUUCGUUGUGAAUUCGAGAGGGUUUGGCUUCAUCUUUUUAAACCAUAGUAGGAAAAAUCAUUUUAUUCAGUUGGGGAUCCAUCGACCGGAAGAUCUUGCGGGAAGGAAAGAUACUGAGAAAAUGUUGGAAAAGCGAAAUUCACGUUUUUGGUAAUUAUCAGUAAAAAAACAUGUCAAGAGAAGUCAGUAAUUAAAAAUCGAUAAGUGGAGGUCAUAUCGUAGGUAACGAGAUGUGGAAAUCAUUUCGCUGAGUUGAAUAAUUUUUAAAAGCCUCACGUGACAAUUAAACAUAUCUUCCAGUUUCAUUUUUUAUUAUUUCACGUGAAAGACGAUUGUGCAUUACAUGAGGUUUAUUUAAUCUUAAGCUUUGGCAAAUUAUUUAUAUAAUUUUAUAACUGCGAAAUGCACAAAUUCAUUGCAUUCUACGAACUCGCACGGAAGUAUUAAUUAAGUUGUACCACAAUUUCCUAUUUUUCUACUGACAAUGACGUUUGCUCAUUGGAUAUUCGGUACGAUUAUUCAUUCGUUGCACAAAGUGUGUUCAUUUAUAUUUUUUUAUAACAAAUUAGAGAUUAAUGAGGGGGAUUGGGGGAGGGGGGAUUAUUUGAUUGCGAUAAUCAAAAAGGCCGGUCUGGUGUAUCCAUUGCAUUUUCAAUUAUACUUGUACUAGGUUAAUCAACAACCAAGAACAUUGUCUACAAUAAGUACAAAUUUAUCAGAAACACAAAUAAUCUCGAAGGCCAAUUUCAUACAGCUGUCAAUAAUCCACAAUUUGGCGAUAAUUUUUUAUUUUAUAUUCGAUUUUUUAAUAAUACUCCACUGGAGUUAAUUAAGCUCAUGAAUUUUGUAGUCGAGUGAUGAAGAAGGGAAUUAUAAUGAGAGCGAAAAAUCUGAGGGCUGUGAGAAAGGAAUCAUGACAUUUUUUUUCAGCAGCUCAAGAUAUUCGCAGGCCUAUCCCACAACUUUAUCACUUGCCUACGUCAUUUAUUCCCCAAUUUUCCUAUUUUGUUUCCAACUGGGAACCCUGUUUUACAUUAAUUUUAUCGAAUGAACAGUUCAAAGUGGGGAAGUGGUGUAGAAGUUAAAUUUUAAUCAGACCUGAUAAUUAUUGCGGGAAAAAAUCGUUUUAGGCCAUAUCGAGAGAUUUUACCUCACAAAGAGAUUCACGGGAAGAUUUGAAUACUCAUUAACAGCUUGAUCACCUUCGGGUGAACAUCUUCCCCGAUUGAAUAAUUAAUCUUUUGGGAAUUAAGAUAAUCACCACUUCUCCACGAGAAAUUUCACUCCACCCGAGCAGUUUAUUCUCAAAAAGUACCACUACUGCUGUGCCAAAUUUAUCAAAUUAAAUGAAUUGGGUAAAUUAAGGAGCUUAAAGAGUCAAAAGUUGUGUUAAAGGAGAAUUCUCAGACAUACGUCCAUAUAGAAAGUAUUAUAUCUGUUCUCAUUGCGUUCUCAUUCGCUCAAAGCAUUUUUCAAUAAAAAAACAUUACGAAGAUAAAUUAUAGAUGCAAUUCUAUAUAGAUUAUAUAGAUAAAUAAUGAAUAUAUUAUUGCUUUAUCGAGACUCUGCGAUGUUUAGGGACAUUGUCAAUGUUAGGUGAGUUUAACUGUCUCAAACGAAGAAAAAAUCAUCGGUGAUCAAAAAAUUCACGUACAAAUGAUCGAAUUAAUCGAUUUAAACUGUCGACACUGUCUACAUAUCAAACGACAGCUAAAAUUCAUUCCUCACAUGGUACUGAGCAUUAAGACACGUCUAAAAUGUGUGUUAAUUCUAUUUGAGUAGAUUCCAUCUACAAAAUAAAUGAGUAAAGUGCAUUAUAUAAAGAGAGAGAUUAUUCAACUAUCGUUCAUAAAUCGAGAUUUAAUGUUUAUUCACCUGAAUCGCUAUUUGUGUUUGCGUUCAGGUACGUAUUGUAAUGUUCGACUUCAGAAUGAGGUAAUAAAGAUGAAUAUUGCAGUGCAGAA